UCAAAAUAUUAUCUGAGAAUUCAGAAAAAGAAAAAGAAUAUUCAGUGGAAAAUUAAAGCAAGCAGCAGUGGCGAUGGCAGCUCAACCAGUAAUCAAGGUCGCUGCGCUCUGCGGUUCCCUUCGUAAAGGCUCCUGGAAUUAUGGUCUACUCAGUGCUGCAAUGGAGGUAUGCAAGGAAUCUAUAAAUGGAAUGGAGAUUGAGUACGUGGACAUCUCGCCGCUGCCAUUUGUGAACGAGGAUCUUGAGGUCAACGGAACUUAUCCUGCCGCUGUGGAGACUUUUCGUAAGAAAAUUGAAGAAGCAGAUUGUUUCCUUUUUGCUUCUCCCGAGUACAAUUACUCCGUCACUGGACCCUUAAAAAAUGCAAUUGAUUGGGCAUCUCGACCUCCAAAUGUUUGGGGUGAUAAAGCAGCAGCAAUAGUGAGUGGUGGAGGUAACUUCGGUGGAGGACGAUCACACUAUCACCUUCGACAUAUAGGAAUCUACAUUGAUCUUCAUUUCAUUAACAAACCUGAAUUUUUCCUCAACGCGUUCGAGUCACCACCUAAGUUUGACGAUGAAGGUGUGCUAACAGAUGAAGAAUCCAAGCAGAGACUUAGAGAAGUUCUUUUGGCUUUACAAGCAUUUUCUUUGAGACUCAAAGGCAAGCUAAGUGAAUAGAGUGAAUCUCGUCCAUUUGAUCUUCAUCCAAUAUAUGGGAUGAUGAAAAUUGUCUCCAGUUAUGUUUCCAGCUCUCAGUUUCUUCUUCUUCUUCUUCUUUUUGUAUUGGUAGAUUUGGAACAUCUGUUCACUUGUUUUGGUUAUGUCAGCAGGGUUGAAAUUGUAUGAGAGUGUUUCAUUAUUAUAUGAAAACAUAUUAUAUAUUGAGUUGAAAAGCUUUCCAA